AUGGUAUCGAGACGCACAAGAAAGGAGGCGAAAUCACGGAGCAGAAGUUCGACUACCCUGUCAGAAGUCUUGAAUCACGAAGCCAAGAAAAAACGUGCAAAAUUGACUGGGAUUCAUAAGAGGUAUAGACUAUCCCCCGAAUUAGCCAAAUUAAUUGGUAGUAAUGAACCCGAGACACGGUACAACGUUGUCAAAUUAAUAUGGAUUCAAAUCAAGGAAAGAAAACUCCAGGAUCCGGAAGACCCUGCCUACAUCGACUGUGACGAAGAAUUUGAGAGCGUGACCGUACUCAAAAAGUAUCGAAAAUAUAAUCGAUUAAUAGCCCUCGCCGACUUAUUACAUAUGCAACCAAAUUCAAGAGUCUCCAUGGAUGGUCAUACUGUUCGAUGA